GGAGAGAUGGGAGACCUCCAGUCCCUGCAAGCCUUCAUCAACUGUCUGGAUCAGCGCUCUCUGCCCCGCAUCCUUCAGGUCUGCUCAGGGGUUUAUUUUCAAGGGUCCGUGUAUGAGAUUUCGGGGAGUGAAGUGUGUUUAUCCACUGGAGAUUUGGUGAAGAUCAUUGGUUUGGAGCUUCUGUCUGUGUCUUGUGAAGAUGUCAACACUGGAGAUUCAUUUGUAUUGCCUAUUCACUAUUCAGGGAAUUUCAGACUCGUCGCUGAAGACCUACCGUACAACACAGUGGAAGAAUUGGUGGGUUUGUGUCCAGUUGGAGUGGACGCCUGCGGCUCCUUCUCCUUCAGAAGCACACAGGAGCUGAUGGUGAACAACUUCAUGCUGGCCGCAGACGAACAUCUGACCUUGCUGUCGGUGGAGGUCUCCGAGGAUGGAGAAAGACUGGCUCGGUGUCAGGUGUUGGGGCAUAACAUGGCUUGCGCAGAGCUCCUGCUUCCUCUGUCUCUGAAAGGAGAGUUUUACGAGUGUGAAGAUGAGCGCGGAUACUUUCUGCAGGAGAUCAUGUCCUCAGCCAGACUCAGCUGCCGGCGCUUCUGCAACACAAACACCAAGAGCAGUAGCGGAUUGCUGAUGUUCAGCCCAGUCUAUGAAAUCAGUGCCAUUAUGCAUCUAAGGAAGAACAUAGUCAAGUUUCCCUCCAGUCUGGAAGUAGAUGUCCAGGACGUGACGGACCAAUUCCAGGAUUUAGUCUUCAUAACUCCACAAUCACUGCCUGAAGUCGCCAGCCAACCCACAGAGUCUUUCCCGACAAUAGCAGAGAUCCUGGAGGCUCCAGAAGGCGACCAGUAUUUCAGCUGCAGCUGGUUUAGUGGACUACAAAAUGGCAAGAACCUCAUACUGCACGAAUGUCGCCAAAAAACAAUGAUAUUAGCCUCGACUCCAAAGGGGAAGAAGGGAAAACAGUACUUCAUGAUCUCCGACGGCUAUGGAGGACGCAUGAGGAGACGGGCUCGGGAGUUCAGCUCAGUCUACGAGCUAUAUUUGGCGUCUUCUCAAUCUCCAGGACUCAAAGUAAGCGUGAGCCGGGACUGCGAAGCCGAUGAGGACGAGGGAAUGCCUGCGCUCGGUGUCGGAGAACAUCUAGAGGUUUUGGGGAUGAGUUUGAUGGAUAGACUCAAACCUGGAGCUGCUGAGAAAGUAGAAAGUCUCAUUUGUAAACGAACUCUUGAGGUGGACGACGAUGAUGAUGAUGAUGAUGAUGAUGAUAGCGAGGAAAUCUCAAUGCCGCUGUUUAUGGCGGGACACUUUGUGGAGAAGCUUUCGGAUAAUAAGAAGUAUCGAUUAAGCGAUUUAGUGAGCGGCUCUUUGCCUGUUGAUGUCAAAGUUGUGACUCGGGAUAAAGAUCUGGAGAAGGAUCCGCUGAUGGGGUUACCAGCGUUAAAGCUGGAGGAGACAUUCACAGAGACCACCGUGUUGACGAGUCUACCCAAUAAUCCAGACUGGUGCUUUGAGUUGCCAGUUCGUUGGUUGAAAAUGUCAGUCUGUUUCUUGUCUGAUGACCUGCCGUGGUCUCGGCCUCCAGAGCUUCACGUUGAAACGGUUACCGAGAUGACGGAGAAAUUCUAUUAUGAAUAUCACAAACUCAUUGGCAAAACUGAGGAGCCACCUCCGCGUCCGCCAAAAAGAAAGAAGUCCAGUUGUGACACAACCAAAAAAGCUAAACCUUUACCAAGCUUGGGGAGUUCGGUGAGCGAACAACUGGACAAACUUUCGUUGGGUCCGAAAGUAGUAAAGCGCUCCGUUCCUCCACCUCCGGCAGACGAGCAGACCCCAGAACAGCCUCCUCCGCUAUUGCCUAGAAAGAGCAUAUCGGUUGCUGAAAGUUCCAGUAUGUCCAACAUGUACGUGAAAAGCCCUCGAAUGUCUCAGAAAACAGGUACGUUCACUGAUUGCAUUCAGAUAUUGGUGGCUCUAAAUACAAUGCAUUUAACCUCUUAUUUUCUUUCAAAACAGCGAAGAGACUCUCUGACUCGGAUCAUGACUACGAGUCUAUCGAGGACGCAUUUAUAAAACCCCAUGAAAGCCUGUACUAUUAGACGGAGGACGAUCUGCAUUCGAGUAUUCCUCACAACAAGAGCGAAAGAAAUCAAGAAAAGAGGACCAGGCAUGUGGCAAAAAAAAAACGCAAGGCUUUUUAAUGCGUCUAAAUAUGCAAUGCAAAGUUUAACAGAUGUAAAUUAACACGAUGACGUCUAAAGAAACAUUUAAAUGGGUGUGCUUUUUUAUUAAAAUGAGCGAAAGGAACUGAAAUGUACAGUUUGUUACUGUUUUCUGUCAUGAAAGCUGUGAAGAUGCAGGCUCUGGCUGGAUGUUAGGCUUCGUUGUCUGUUGACCGGAAGUGAUCUUCGUCGAUGGUGGAGAAAAUGUGGCCCUCGUUGCUGAGAAAGUCCACAGUUUGCCUGUUAUAAAAAUGAAAAGUGAGAAUCAAUCUACAGUUAAAGGAAAGCAUUUUACUUUUCAUCUGCAGGGUAAAAGGGAAAAGUAACUAUGCAUUAAAAACAAAAAUCCACUGUAAUGUCUGCUUGUAAUGGCUGUAUUAAAGUGGAUGUGAAGCACUCA